AUGGCGCAGGCGAAUGAUGUAAUAAGUUUGUAUGCAUCAAGAUUAAGGCAGUCCCUUCUUGAUCUGUCCAGAAGAUUGCAGUCCAGUCCAGACGAAGAAGUUGUAGACUUCCUUAUAUAUCGCUUGGAACAAAUAUGUGGUCACUUGACUCGAAUGGGAAUCAGAUUUAACUCAACCUUCCAUGCUAUUUCAGAAGUUAUUUCACUGCUUCGAAAUUUAAAUUUAGAAAACAGAACAACUCUUCCCAACGUGUUAGAACAAAACAGAGCUAGCUCUGUGGGAAGACCGAAAUUUGUUAUCACCAGAGAACAACUGGUCUAUAUGCUCGAGUAUGACAUAUCAGUUCCCGACAUCGCACAUGCCCUUGGAGUUUCUAAAAGUACAAUAAAAAGGCGACUUAGGGAAUACGGUAUUUCCAUCCGAAGCGAACAAGACGCUGUCGUAACCGAUUUAGCGCUGGAUGGAAUUGUAAGAGGUGUGCAAGGAGAAUUUCCAAAUGCUGGAUAUCGGCGAGUUUAUUCUGUACUGAGGUCAAGAUCAAUAAAAGUCACUCAGGCGAGGGUUAGAGAAUCAAUGCACAGGACAGAUCCUGAAGGUGUGGCAAUGAGGUGGCUGUCAAUCACUCCUACAAGAGUGUACAGUGUUAGAGGUCCUCUUUCCUUGUGGCAUAUAGACGGCAAUCACAAACUCAUUCGGUAAUUUGUUAGAAAUAUCUUAUUAGGGUUAACCUAUUUAUUAUAUCUUUAUUAAAAUAUUAUGUGAAAAUUUAAUGUGCUUAAUUACCUCUAUUCCAUAGAUGGAGAAUCGUUGUUCAUGGGGGAGUUGAUGGCUACACACGUAUCCCAGUAUAUUUAAAGUGUGGUACCAAUAACAAAGCUGAAACUGUGCUAGAAUUGUUUCAGGGUGCUGUGGCUGAAUAUGGGUUGCCAUCAAGAAUAAGAUCCGACAAAGGAGGCGAAAAUGUCCUUGUAUCGUUAUUUAUGCUCAAUCACCCUCUAAGAGGUCCAAGUCGAGGUAGCAUGAUUGUAGGUAAAAGUGUGCAUAAUCAGAGGAUUGAGCGAUUAUGGAGGGACAUCUUUGAUGGGGUGCUGUAUAUAUACUACCAUCUCUUCUAUCAUUUGGAAGAUUCCCUUAUUAUCGACUUAUCAAAUGAAGUGCACUUAUUUGCAUUGCACUUUGUCUAUGUACCAAGAAUAAAUAAUCAUCUCCACAUUUGGAAAGCAGGAUAUGUUCGCCAUCAUGUUAGGACUGCUGGAAACCGCACACCUAUGCAGCUAUACAUCAUUGGCUUGCUAAGAAUGCAGGGAAAUGGGCUUACUGAAAUGGAUUAUGUGGAAAAUGUCCCUGAGGUAUUAAGUAUUUCUAGAUCAGUGGGUAAUUACCAAAACCGUGGAUCCCUUUCCUCUUGCUUGAAAAAAAGUAUCAUGUUUUCACAUCAAAACAUUCAAGAAUGCAACCACAGUGGCAUCAUGGGAAUGGUGAUGUCUGAUUGGUCCGCGAGAAAUUAUGUACAUGAGAGAUUAUCUAAUAGUAGUUGUGGCAUUUUAGCAAGUAAAGGCGUAGAAAUGUAGACACGGUUUUUCAGGCAAGAGGAAGCAUCCACGGUGUUGGUAAUAAAUACCAUAACUUUGGAUCAUCUCAAUUUUUGUAUUCAAUUGGAAUCAAAUAAGAUUUUGUAUGAAUGAAUUUUCAUUUUAGGAGGAAUUAGCAUCAUAUGGCAUUGAUUAUGAUGAUCCUGUGCCAUUAGAAUUCGAUCAAGUAGACAAUGUUACAGUUCCUGCUACAGCUAUCCCAUGUUCACAUGAAAGAUACCAAGACCUUGUCCAAUUAAUUAAUCCACUUAGGCAGAGUGAUAACUAUGGAAUUGAUAUUCUCUUGGAUGUUCUGCUUUUUCUACAAGAAUCAGCGUAG